CCUCGCGAUACUUGGCGUCUUACGUCAUUCCAUGAUGGCUGAAGAUCCUGGUGGGGUUAUUUUCAAUAUCUCUCUCAUUUCUUUUUCUUUUUCUCUAUUCCAGCUUGCCAUAGAGCCAUGGCUGGAUUCACAGCCACGUUAAGCGUGAACAUAUUAUUAGUGUCGACAUGCCCAAGAAAGGGAACAGAAAACGGUUGAAAUUCAGGGCUGGGGACGUUUGCUCGGAAUCAGUGUCUGUGGCUGAUUAUGCCGAUGCCGAUCCAGCCGUUGUGAAGUCUGGUAGGGUGAAAAAGGCUGUUGCAAAUGCAGUUGAAAAAGAAGUCAAAUUACUUUGUGGGCUUGAAGCAUCACACGGUGCUGUUGAAGAGGUUCUUUGCUCUGCUGGGACCAUCACAAUAGAUGGUAUAAAUAGCAGUGAUGACCUAGAUGCUGAGGAUGAUGAUGAAAAUAAAGUGAUCCAUAAGAAGAAAAGCAAGAGGAGAAAGGAAAGCAGUGAGAGCAGUGAUGGAGAAGAGUAUCCAGUGGACAUCUGGCUCGUCCUUUCUAGUUAUAUUCGACCUGAAGAUGUAUGCAGAUUCUCACUAAUCUGCAGGAAUGCAUGGAUGGUCACAUGCACUGCAGUAUUUUGGACCAGACUAUACAAAAGACAUUACCGGAUGGAUGUUGAUCUGCCGUUUCGUCUCCAGCCUCAUUGCAUUGACAGGAUGUUCAAUCUCAGGGCUCGAGUGAUUCGCUCUCUUUUCCAUACGUAUGAGCCAUUCAGCUCUCGUGUGUCCAAAAUCCCAGCCGUGCCCGAAUCUACACCCACAACUUUGCUCAAUUCCAAGUGUUUAUUGUUCUGGGUGAAAAAGGUGACUGGGACCCGACCAGAAGGACUGUGGGAGUUCAAUUUCAAGUUUUUAAAGCAGCAGGGAAACACUAAAAAUGGCCGUGCAAAAUCCUUGCACAUGCCCAAACAGUAUGAAGAUGUCCACACAAAUUCGGACUCGGACUGUUACAUGCUCCAAGUGUCGACAUUCAACUUCAUCUUCACCCCUGUGGUCAUGGGGAUGACACUUUCCCUGUUCAAAAUCAAUGUCAGCACGGACAUGCGCCAUCACCGUGUUCGUCUAGUGUUCCAGGACUCACCAGUCCAAAGAGGCAAGAAGAGAGGAGACCAUGGCGGAACUCAGGUUGUGCUGGAUCCUGUACACAGUGUGAGGCUUGUGGACUGGUGGCAUCCACAGUACCCUUUGUCACAGUAUACAUAAAAAGAGAGAUUUGUUCCAAGCUCCUGACAAUGUGCGCUCUGACCAUUCAUCUGUAGACGAAGAUUGCCGCCCAAAACUCACUUCCAAUAGAGGAAUCACUGUUUGGUAUUGUGGAAAACCACGGAAGAUAAUUUGAGAUGGAUGCAAAGUCCACGCUUCAGGGUCCACCUCAGCCAGUCACGUAAUUCUUCUAGCUAAUCAUUAAUGCAAGUCCAAUUGAGUUGUAAUUGCCAAUUGUAGUGUGAAUUCACAGUCAAGCUGUGUUAGUGCAUGCACGACAUUGCUUUUUUUAAUAACAGCCCCCCCCCCCACACCAACUAUGUGUUUGUCGUGGAUAUUGGCAUCUCCAAAUGUUUGUAUAUCAAUAAUCCUGCUUUCAACACCCUAUCAGGCAGUUGGAAAGAGGGGAGUAGUUAUUCAUGGUUGAUAAUCAGGCCUUACAGUUAAGUAUAAAAAUAUGGAUGUUUGGCUCCUGAUGAAAAAGUAUUUUGACAAAGUUAAGUGAUUAAUUUGGAAUAAUAGGUGAAAUGUUUUGCCUUGUGAUUGGCCUAUAUAACAAGCUACAAUGUGAGGAUCAUUGCAAUUUUUCUGUGAACCCUUCAAAUCCACACAUAUGUACACUUUGUUACCCCUCAUCUUUUGCAGUUAAAAAGAUACUCCCAGAACUUGAAUUUGAAUUUGGAUUAGUUUUCAGUCACCUUUAUUGAUUCGUCUGUCCAAGCAUGUUUUAGUUCUUUGAUUUGUUUUAUCAGCUUCAUCUUUGCAGUGUAUUAUAUGGCAGAUGGCCAGUGAGAAUGUUUACAUCAGAUGUCACUGUCUAUCAGUUUCUUGGUCUUACACACAAAAAAAAGACUUUGUGUUGAACUUUGUCCAGCCUUCCAGUCCUCUUGUUUUCAGCGUAUUGAAUGUUCAUGCAUACCACAUACUUGAUCUUUAUGUGCACCAAAUGGAAGGUGCUACCUCAGACAUCGUUGAAAAGGAUUAAAUAUGAAUUACCGUGCAGCUUAAAAUAAAACGUGGUAUGUCAUCUUCUAAUAAGACACUGUAGUGUUGUAGAGAGACAAAAGUAGAUGAUCAGGCUAAAUUACGAAUAAAAUUGUUUUAUUUGGCAAUCAACUAUGAGCUCUGUCAUUGAUUUAUUCGUGUCUUGAAAUGAAUAAAAAGAAAAAUGCCCUUUUGA